AUGGCAUCCAAGAAAGCUCGAGUAGGCAUUAGUGCUCGAGGAGACAAAUCACUUAUUGAUGAUUGUCUACGAGAUAAGACGACAUUUCCUUCAUUACAAACAAAUGAUAGGUGUUAUCAUUAUUUUUCUUCUCGUCCCAUUGGGUUAGAGCGUGCUUGGAUCUUGAAGGAGUUCUUGGGGAUUGGAGUUGUUAAAAUAGUGCAGGCUAAUGGAUGGGAUGGUAGCUUAAAGAAAUUAGGGAAGAAAGCUACUCUUUUGAUUCGUGAAUUCUAUGUCAAUGCUGAAACGAUAGAUGAUAAGAGUUUUAGGACUUCAGUGAGGGGGAUUAGUUUUGUUGUGGACUCCUCGAUGAUAUCCCUAUUGAUUGAGCUUGAGUUGAUAUCGGAGCCAUUCUUCACUUCGACCACCCUGUAUGACAUGCAGGUGGUGCCGAGAGAACUGACUAGAAAUCCUCAUUUUGAGUAUGUUAAGGGAGAGGGGAUGAUGUUUAGGCAGAUGACAAAGAGGUAUAAGAUUCUGCAUCGGAAUUUAGUGGUUUUUUUGUUCCUGUUAGCACCAGAGAGGCAUAUCUUUACAAAUAGGGAUAGGUUCUACGCCCUCAGGACUGGACAAAUUGUAUAUGGUUUAGGGCGUGGAAGUGAUGGCGGAGGUGUUAAGGAAGCAACACUUCUUAGAUUCAAGAGGUGUGGCUCCUAUUUCUGA